GGACACGUGUUGAUCACGUGAGCGCCGUCGCGCUCCCAAACGCCGCUGAAGCUUCUAUGAUGGCGGCCAGUAAUUAUUAUGGAUUCACACAUGCAGCCGCAGCAGCCGCCGCCGGCCCGCAGUACAGUGCCCAGCCGCCUCCUGUUUAUUCCCACCCAACCACUGGCAGCUAUAAUGUCCAGGCCGCCCCUGGAGUGACCCAUGCGGUUACGGCCUCGUAUCCUACCGGCCCACCGGUAAGUCCCGCGGUCACUGCCCCCUACCCCACCUACCAGCCCCAUCCUGCCCCCAACUACGUCUACCGGCAGCCCGAAACGUCUCCGCAGCUGACGACCGCCCAUCAAACCUACCAAGUGCUGACUGAACCGCAGAGUUAUAGCUACGGUCGACCGCCGCCGGUCAGCAGCUACGAGAACAAGCAGUACUUUCAAACGAGCAUCGCACCUGCGCAGCAGACCGCAACCGAGGCCUACUUCCAGACAGGGUUGAAACCUGGCUACAGCACAACGAGCACAGCGUACAGCCAGCCGCCGGUUCAAAGAGCGGUCUCCGCUCUGAAACCCCCUCCAGCUGUGAGCGCGGUGUCCUCUAGCUACACCAUCUACCCAACAUCAACCAGCGUUCAGCAGACUCCAGCCCCCAUAUCCACCUACACCCCCAGUACUUCCUUCAGCUCCACCGCUGCUACGUCCUACUCCGUCGGUCUCAGCUAUUCCAGCUAUGAUUCUAGCGGCUACACAUCCACGCCGUCGUACUUCCAGCCGGCACAGAUGCCCCCCCCACAGGUGCAGCCUCAACCUCAACCUCAACCUCAACCUCCCCUCCAACAGCUACAGCAGCCUCCACCGCCGCAGCAGACACAACAACAUCCAAAACAGCUCACCAGCUCCUCUUGGAGCAACACCAGGAGUGGCACAGUCACCACCCACACUGUCAGCGCAUACAAGAAACCCAUUUUCCACCAGAACAAAAUCCAAAAACCCAAAGGGCCGCCCAAACAGCCACAGCUGCACUAUUGUGAUAUCUGCAAGAUAAGCUGUGCCGGUCCACAGACGUAUCGAGAACAUCUGGAAGGACAGAAGCACAAGAAGAAAGAGGCGGCUCAGAAGAGCGGCAGUCAGGUGACCAACGGACCUCGUGGAGUCCAGACGCAGCUGCGCUGUGAAUUGUGCGAUGUCUCAUGCACCGGUGCAGAUGCAUACGCUGCACACAUCCGGGGAUCCAAGCACCAGAAGGUGGUGAAGUUGCACACCAAACUUGGCAAACCCAUUCCUUCAACGGAGCCCGUUUUGGUGAGCUCUGCCUCUGUUGCCGUUACAAUCACUACUAGCAAGACGGCGGCGAAAACCACUCCCACCCCUACAUCGGUGGCGCAGAAGACGCUUACGACGGCUCCGUCCAAACUGACGGUGUCUCUUGCGAAAAAACCAGCCACUGCUAAAGUUUCCAUUGUCGGCAGCAGAACAUCCACAUCCGCUCCGGUGAAGAUGGAGGAGGCGAAGCCGUCUGUAGUGAAGACGGACGCUUUGAGUGAAGAUGAGGAUGGUGACGGUUCUGGAGUUCAAGCAGACAUUCAGCCUGUGGGACAUGAUUAUGUCGAAGAAGUUCGAAAUGAUGACGGAAAGGUGAUUCGUUUUCACUGUAAACUGUGUGAAUGCAGCUUUAACGAUCCCGACGCUAAAGACAUGCACCUGAAGGGACGGAGACACCGGCUGCAGUAUAAGAAAAAAGUGAAUCCUGACCUUCCUGUGGAGAUCAAGCCCAGUAAUCGAGCACGGAAACUUCUGGAAGUCAAACUGCGAAAGCAGAGUCAGAAAUCUGUGCUGAAGAGACAACAGGAUGAUGAACAGCGCUGGCACAUAGAAAUGAGGAGGUACGAGGAGGACAUGUACUGGAGGAGAAUGGAGGAGGAGCAGCUAUACUGGGUGGACAUGAGGCACCGAAUGGCCCCGCCCCCUCUCAUGGGCCAUCCCAGCAUGCCCCUGCCGUCCCUUUCGCCCGUGCGGCGUCCCGAUUCGCCCGACGACCGCCACGUCAUGGCCAAGCACUCGGCCAUCUACCCCGUGGAGGAGGAGCUUCAGGCCGUCCAGCGAAUCGUGUCGCAUUCUGAGCGCGCUCUCAAACUGGUGUCUGAUUCGCUGCUGGAGAAAGAGGCGUGUGCUGUGGACGAUGACGCGGCGGACAAACAGUCAGAGUCUCAGGCACGUGUUCUUAAAGGAGUCAUGCGUGUGGGGAUCCUGGCUAAAGGUCUCCUGCUGCGCGGCGAUCGCAAUGUCCAGCUCAUCCUGCUAGCGGCCAAGAAACCCACCGCCUCUCUAUUGAGAACCAUUGCGGAGCAACUGCCCAAACAACUAGCGACCUUUUCUGAAGAUCAGUAUGAGGUGCAGGUACACCCUGAGGAAGCCAACAUCGUCAUUUUUUCAAGCAAGGAACCAAAAAUGCAGGUCACCAUCUCUCUUACCUCGCCAGUGAUGCGCGAAGACCCCGUCCCCAACAUGGAGAAAGCCUCAGAGAAAGAUCCUCCAGAUGUUCUCAGCAGGACUAAGUGCCUAGAGUAUUUAGCGGCCCUGCGACAUGCUAAAUGGUUUCAGGCUCGGGCGAAUGGUCUUCAGUCUUGCGUCAUCAUUAUUCGGGUUCUGCGGGAUCUGUGUCAGCGCAUACCUACCUGGGGAAAGAUGCCCGACUGGGCCAUGGAGCUGCUUGUGGAAAAAGCCAUUAGCAGUGCAUCAGGUCCACUCAGUCCUGCAGAAGCUCUACGAAGAGUCCUCGAAUGCAUCGCCACCGGGAUUCUCCUGCCAGAUGGUCCAGGUCUUCUUGACCCGUGUGAGAAAGGUCAAACUGACGCUCUGGGAAACAUGAUGAAACAAGCUCGGGAGGACGUGACCGCUAGUGCCCAGCAUGCGCUACGACUGCUGGCUUUCCGUCAGAUCCAUAACGUCCUGGGCAUGGGCUCACUGCUGGUCUCAAAGACCGGAGCCCGAAAUCGCAAGAGACGACGCGACUCCGGCGAGGGAGAAGCCUACGGAAAGAAGGAUAAAAAAGACGAUUCUCACGACCCUUGAGACGUCUGCCUAAUCUACACAAGCUGUCAUGUCUUUAGAAAUUUAAAAAUAUCACUCAAAGGGGAAAAAAUACAGCACUCGAUGGUUCCGUUCUUCAAAAGCACUAUAAAUGAAAAAACUAAGUUGUUCUCCUUUUAUAAUGCAUUGUGUCUCUUACAUCUGAGCUGAAGAUAGGCAGUCGCAUCACUUUUUCAGCGAAUCAGAUGAUGACCGGCAUUUAAUAAAAAGUUACAUCACAUUAGCUCUGUUAGGCACUUUGACACAUUAAUGGCACUUAAUUAAAAGCUUUAAUUAUCCCGACACAGGCCAGUCUUUUUUAUGUUUACAUAUAUUUAAAUAUAUAAAUAUAUACAACUGUUUUUUUGGUUUUUUUACACAGUGGGGCCCAAAACUCGUGAAUCCACGUUGAUAAUUUUUUUAUAUAUAUAUAUAUAUUUUCCAGGCAUUUUAAGAUGGAAAUAAAUGUCUUUUAUUGUUUUGAAAAACGUCAAAUGAACAUUAUAAAAUUUACAAUUAAUAAGAAAUAUGUAUAUUUUUUAUUUUCCCAUGAAAUUAAGGUAAUUUAUUGAAUCUGAAUGAAUUAACAGAUGGUCAUUGCUUUCAAAUGGUUUUGGAGAAGAUUUCAUUUUUUAUUCUUUUUUUCUUUCUUUUUUUGGAAAAAUGAAAAGUCACAGAUUUUGGAUCCCACUGUAUAAAACACAAAAUAUUUAGAUAUAUUUAUAAAUAUGAAUACUAUUCUAUAUAAUAUUAUCAUGUAUUAAUAUGUAUGCAAAAUUUGUUUCUCUACUGUGUAUCUUAAUUUUUUUUUUUUUUUUUAAAUAAGUAGUUAUUAGUAUUGACUAAUAAGCUGUUAAAAUUGACACGAUUCAGCUUUGUGUGGUUGUUUAUUAACCUGACACUGGAUUUAUACACUUUUAGGCGUCAGAUCUGUAACCGACAAAGAAGAAAAAAAAACUAGACUUCUCUGCAAUCAUUAUUUUUAUUUGCAUACUGAAUAAUCGCUCAUUUGAGGUUGAGAAGCUGGCGUUUCGACAGGGUAUGGAGCAGUUGUUCUCUAGUGAACAACACGAAAACACAACCUAAAGUCUGUGGUUCUUCACACGUGCCUGCGGUAAAGAUUUAAAGUACUUGAAACGUGAACGAGGAGGUGAAAUUACGGUUCUUCAUGUUGCAAUAUAAUAUAAUACCUCUCUAUUCUUACAUUUUUAUAUAAAAGUCAAAUCUAACGAGAGAUGCACAGUUUGCUAGAAAGAUUGCUGUUAGUAUAUUGAAUUGAUUCUUCAUCUAUCACCUGGAUUUGUGUUCUGCCACCUGUUUUUAUGUAUAAUGCAAUCAUUUCCCGGUGUUUUUAAAUGUUCCUGCUGAGUGUCUUGUUCUCGUUUUGUAGGACUGUGAAUAAUUCUAGUGUGAUCUUUUUUUCAGUUGGAAUAUCUGUGUAGUGCUGCUUAACUAAUAAACGGAGAAAACGGUCAGAUUAA